UCUGCUCUCUCUCUCUUUCUCGUCUCAUCACUCAAUUUUUUGCUCAAGCUCUCUGCUACUCUCCCAUGGUUCGAAUUCUACUCUCCCAAACAUGCCCUCACUUCCGGAACUCCAAAUCUCCCUUCCAAGGUGGAUUGGGAUAUUCCGGUGGUGGCGGCAGCAAGGAGAGCACCCUAACAACCAUUUGGAAGAUAGCGGAGGAGAAGGAGGAGGAGGAGGAGUUGUUGAAGAGGAGAGUCCCACCACCAUCUCGGAGAGCUCUCCGGUGGAGUGCUACGCGUGCACACAAGUUGGAGUUCCAGCCUUCCACUCCACCAGUUGUGACCGAGUCCACCCACCAGAAUGGGAAGCCAGUGCUGGAUCGUCGCUAAUUGCCAUACAGUACCAGAACCAUCGUCGAUGGGCCGGGGGUAGCGGAGGAGGAGGAGGAGGAGGAGAGUCGAAAUUGAACCGGAGGAGAUCGUUGAAAGGUCCACUGGGGAGAGUGCUGGACCCACGGAGCAAAGAGGUGCAGAGAUGGAACAGAGCGUUUCUGUUAGCGCGUGGAAUGGCGUUGGCCAUAGACCCGUUAUUCUUCUACGCGCUGUCGAUAGGGAGGGACGGAACUCCUUGUCUGUAUAUGGACGGUGGGCUUGCUGCCAUCGUCACGGUGUUACGGACUAUAGUGGAUGCGGUACACCUCUUCCAUCUCUGCCUCCAGCUCCGCCUCGCUUAUGUCUCCAAGGAAUCCCUCGUUGUUGGAUGCGGAAAGCUCGUGUGGGACGCGAGUGCCAUCGCGUCUCACUACCUUCGCUCCUUCAAGGGCUUCUGGUUCGACGCCUUCGUCAUUCUUCCCGUCCCCCAGGUGGUUUUCUGGUUGGUAGUGCCCAAAUUGAUAAGGGAAGAGAAGAUAAAGCUGAUAAUGACAAUCCUUCUAUUAAUGUUCUUAUUCCAAUUCCUCCCAAAGGUCUAUCACAGCAUCUGCAUCAUGAGGAGAAUGCAGAAGGUCACUGGUUACAUCUUUGGUACCAUCUGGUGGGGCUUUGCCCUUAAUCUCAUUGCCUAUUUCAUUGCUUCCCAUGUGGCUGGGGGUUGCUGGUAUGUCCUUGCAAUAGACAGAGUGGCUUCAUGCCUUGGAAAGCAAUGUGAUAGAGGGAAGAAGUGCAAGUUAUCCUUGUCUUGUGCCAAUGAAAUCUGCUACCGGCUUCCAUUACUGCUGAAUCCAUGUAGUAAUAAUUCAACAACGGUGCCGCCGAUCGGAAUCCCGAAUGUACCAGUGUGUCUAAAUGGCAAUGGACCAUUCCCUUAUGGAAUCUAUAAAUCUGCUCUUCCCAUUGUUUCUAGCAAUUCUAUUGUGGUUAAGAUCCUUUACCCAAUAUUUUGGGGCUUGAUGACUCUCAGCACAUUUGGUAAUGAUCUUGAACCUACAAGUCAUUGGCUAGAAGUGAUAUUUAGUAUAAUUGUUGUGCUCAGUGGUUUAAUGCUUUUCACUCUAUUGAUUGGUAAUAUUCAGGUAUUUCUGCAUUCUGUCAUGGCAAGGAAGAGGAAGAUGCAAUUAAGGUGUAGAGACUUGGAAUGGUGGAUGAGGCGACGACAAUUACCGUCUCAUCUAAGACAAAGAGUACGCCGUUUUGAACGACAGAGAUGGGCUGCUAUGGGUGGAGAAGACGAGAUGGACUUAAUCAAAGACUUGCCUGAAGGACUCCGGCGGGAUAUUAAGCGCUACCUUUGCUUGGAUCUCAUCAAGAAGGUACCUUUGUUCCACAAUUUGGAUGAUCUGAUCCUAGACAACAUUUGUGACAGGGUUAAGCCCCUAGUCUUCUCUAAGGAUGAAAAGAUAAUUAGAGAAGGAGACCCAGUGCAAAGAAUGGUAUUUGUAGUGAAUGGUCAAUUGAGAAGUAGCCAAAAACUAAGCAAAGGCAUGGAAGCAACAUGCAUAUUAGGCCCUGGGAGCUUCCUAGGGGAUGAACUUCUUUCAUGGUGCCUACGCCGCCCAUUCAAUAUUGAUCGUCUCCCUACUUCAUCAGCAACAUUCGUCUGUGUUGAAGCAACAGAAGCAUUUGGUCUAGAAUCACAAAAUCUUCGAUACAUCACCGAGCAUUUCCGAUACAAAUUUGGUAAUGAAAGACUUAAGAGGACAGCGAGGUACUACUCCUCCAAUUGGAGAACAUGGGCAGCUGUGAACGUACAAUUGGCCUGGCGCCGUUACAUGAAAAGGACAAGGGGUCCUAUGAUUCAGGCAACGGAAAAUGGCAAUGGCAAUGGCGAUGGCGAUAGCGAUCGACUUCUUAUGCGCUAUGCUGCAUUGUUCAUGUCUCUUAGACCACAUGACCACCUCGAAUAGAAGAGCUUGAAGCUGGCUUGGAUGUAUUAUCCAUCCAAACCC